UAAGGGAAGCUGAAACACAACUACAUUUCUGUAGGCUUUUAAUUUGGGUUGUUUCCAGCAAAUUUGAUGUGCUUCAUUUCAUCAAAAAAGUCUUGUUUUUACAAUACAGGCUUUGGGAAGAGGGCUGGAAGCAACGUUACUAUAAAAACAAGUUUGACGUUGAUGCUUCUGAUGAUAAGUUCCGCAGAAAAGUUGUGGCAUCAUAUGUUGAAGGUCUGUGCUGGGUUCUUCAGUAUUAUUACCAGGGGUGCGCUUCCUGGAAAUGGUUCUAUCCAUUCCAUUAUGCACCGUUUGCUUCAGACUUCACGGACAUUAAAGACAUGCCUUCCACAUUUGAGAAAGGAACAAAACCGUUCAAACCACUGGAACAAUUGAUGGGAGUGUUUCCUGCAGCAAGUGGCAACUUCCUCCCGAAGACAUGGCGGGCCCUGAUGGAGAAUCCGGACUCUUCAAUCAUUGACUUCUAUCCAGAUGACUUUGCUAUUGAUUUAAAUGGAAAGAAAUAUGCUUGGCAAGGUGUUGCACUUCUACCAUUUGUUGAUGAACGACGGCUUAGAGCAGCUCUGGAAACAGUUUACCCUGAUCUCACUCCUGAUGAAAUUCGACGAAAUAGUCUUGGAAGUGAUGAGCUGUUUGUUGGAAAACACCAUAAGUUGUUUGACUUCAUUGUCGAAUUGCAAAAUAGUGAUGCUCAGGGUGUAGAGAUGUCUCCUGAACUUUGCCAUGGUAUUAAAGGCCUUCUAACAUUACAGAAUGAUGUAAUAAAGCCAGGAAAAACAGUGGAAUCUACUAUACCAGCAUUGCAAGACAUUACCCAGAAUAACGCAUGCAGUAUGUUAUUCAAGGAUCCUCAGUUUGAAGAUGGCUAUAUAUUCAAAGCUUCUUUCUUACCUGGAGCAGUAAAACCUCCAAAAGUGUUGAAACCAUCUGAUUGGGAGCAAUCUAACCAAAAGCAGCCUUGGAGGCCACGACUCGGCUUUAACCCAAAUCGGCAUCAAGUACACUUGGACCAAGCAGCAUUUAGAACAUUGGGCCAUGUUAUGUCAAAAGAUCGCUCUCAAGGAGGAAGUGGUGUUUACAGUUACACCCCUCCACCUCUUUAUCAACAAGCGAAAAAUUCUCGGCCCCCAUUGAUGAGAGCACCACCAUCUCUUACUGUCCCAUUGCCAA